GCUGCGUCCCUCUCUGUGUGCGGUGUGUCAAGUGCCAGAGACACAGCAGAGUCCACUCCCCUCUCCCGCUGUCACGACCCGCAAAGAAAACUGGACUCCCCAUAUCACACAUCCAUGUAUGAAUCGUCUCAGCCCCUUCAGCCAGCCUACACGCCACUCCGCACAAUCCCAAACGGUACGCACACACACACACAGGCACAUAGGCACAUAGGCACGCAGUCAGGCAGCUGGCUAGGGUAACGGCUGUGUGUAUGUCAGUGUGCACACCCAUGUAUGUGUUGAUGUGUUGAUGUGUGAAUGGUGUGUGUGUGUGUGUUGGGGUGCGUUGGUAUGGUCAGACGGGCGGUCAUUGUGUGCCGCCGUAGGAAUCGCUGUAGACAAGAAACACACACAUGGAGCAUAACACGCACGUCGUCGUGAGCGGCCCUCACCAGUCAGUAUGUGUGUGUAUUGUCUAUUCGUUUUUCUUUUUCUUCUUGGCCUACAUUAGCGCUAUGCGGCUGGCGUUGCGCUCCUCCCUCUCACGCCGCUCCUCCUCUUUCUUCUCCUCGUCCGCCACUGAGUCUCCGAACGACUCCGCCUGGCGGAGUAUGGUAUCGAUACCCGGCUCCUCGCUUGCAGCAACUGACGUCGAGCCCGACGCCGAAGCUGGAGACAGCACAACACAGUGCAAGAGAGAGGCAGGCAGGCAGGCAGGCGAUGAGCAGACAUGCCUUGACUUACCUGCGCCGUCUGUGUUGAGUCCUGUGUUGGUGAUGGUGGUGUUGCCUGCGGCCGUUGCUGGCACGACAGUAGCAGCUGACAUGAAUGAAGAGAGACACGUGCCCAUGUGUGUGUGCGAGAAUGCAGGUAGGUGUAUGUGUGGCUCUCGUGACGGGAACUCCCUGAGUGCAAUGCGUAGACAUGUGUGGUGGGUGCAUGGGAUGGGGAGCGCUUUGGAAAGGCCGGCUGCUCACCUUGUUGGUGAACUCGUCCAGCACAUGGUUGAUUACGCUCUGAAAGGUCCAAGACAAAGCAGUGGGUUGUUCUCUCUUCCCUCUUCAUCUGUGUGUGUGUGUGUGUGUGUCUACCGGGUCGAAUGGUUUGAUGAUCUGGUGAAACGCGUUCUUGUUGAUUGUGUAGGUGAUCUCGAUGCCACUGCAGCAGCCGAACAGACAGGAAAAAAGACAAGGAGGCGGUUCGGCCACACCUGAACACAUCCAUCCAUCCAUCCGUCCACAGUCGCUUACAAGCCCUGAGAGUGGACUUCUGUGACGGUGGAGUAGUUGAUGAAGGCGAAUACGUCGUUAGCGAUGGGCUCGUUAGCUGGGAAGGACAGCAAGGAGAGGGAAAAGGCCAGCAAUCGACGGCCUCUGUUUUUGUUUGCCCACUGUCUUCGUCGUAGAAUGUGAAUUUGAGGCCGUCACGCAGCAUCUGAACUCUUCCCUGUGGGAACGCAAAGGUAGGCAGUGAUGUGGUGUAGCGAGAACCAGUGAGUGUGCCUUGGCUGCUCACGUAGCUGUCAGCACCGUCAACAGUGACCCACGACGCAAAUCUCUGGUUCUUGGGUGGCGAUUUCUUUUGCGCUGAGAGAGAGAGAGAGAGAGAGAGAGACGGAGGGUGGGGGCGUGGGAGUGGGGUGCUUACCAUCAGAGGACAUGCUCCAACCACGGCGCUCUGACAUACGGGAGCAAGAAGAAGGAAGGACCGCAUCCACCGAUACAGAAAUCCAUGAGACAUCUCCUACCGCCACCAGUGGAUGUCGCAUGGUUUUUGUUGUCGGUAGUCUCGGCAAUCAUGUCGGCGAUCCCCUGAGGUGAACAUUCCAAGGAUAAAUGGCAGCGAGUACAUGAUGUCUCGUGGUCUUCUCGUCUCACCACGAUGCGCAGCUUGGAAUAGCUCAACUCGUCGAGCAGAAUGGCUGCACUGCACAUGUCGCUCUGCACACACAGGGAAGGGCCGCAUCAUUCUUACUCUAUGUGUCUGUUUGUAUGUGUGUCUGCGUGUAUGUGUAUCGACCUUGGCCUUGAAUGCGAUUUCGAUCUCUGCCUCCGUGCGAGGCUCGCCAAUCUCCCAAAAACGAAUCGUCACGAACCUGACACGCACCAGGCACCACACACCACACACAGCAUCCAAUGGACACCGGAGGAGUCCUUACUGUUCGUAUCCGUUCCAGGAGUCGAAACGAUCGUAGUCCACACUGAGCGAGAUGCCUCCGGCUGCACAGACACACCCGAGGAGGAGAGAGAGAGGGAGGGAGGGAGGGAGAGAUCAAUCACUCAGUCAUCGUUUCCUCGUCACCUGCAGAUUUCACGGUCAGACGUGUCUGCGAGAUCUCGAGCAUGCCCUGCACGCAGAACGAGGGACAAGACAGCCACACAUCAGGUCAUGACCGCGACGAAUUGGUAGGUACGCACCGAGGAGAUGGAGCCACCCGACUGGAAUUCGAUGUCAGGGUACGUGGCCACGAAUGGGGUAGAGCGUGCCAGCUUGAGGAUGUUGUGUGCGGCCUUGCCCGCGUCAGCCUGAGAUGAGACACACAGGGGUGGAGAGAGAGGUGCAUUUCGUGUUUCCUGUCGUGCGUGGUGUGUGUGAAGGGACCGACGUUCGCCACGAAUUCGAAGGUGCUGCCAGCACACCUGCCGUCGCCACACUUCCACGACACGGUCACCAUGCUGACACCCAACACCACACCACACCACACCACACCACACAAUGCUGUCCGCACCGACAUGUACAUUGUAUUAUGUCGUGUCCUUACUUCUGCGUCACGCUCCAGUCAGCCAUGCUGUCAUACGGUAUCGUCAUGUCAGCACCGCCACCUGUCGCACAACACAGGGAAAACCGUAUCGGUCGCGUCGCUAUCCGCUCUGCUGCUCUGCGUGCGAUUGGCAUUACCGACAGCAGUGAAGGACAGCUUGGUUUGCAGCAGCUCAAGCCUGCCCUGCACACACAGCGGAAGACACAGAGUGUGCCACACAUCACACCUAUUAAUGAAGAACAGUGGCUAUCUAUCGUGCGGUGCAACGAGCUCACCGAGCCCCCAUGAUGGCCCUCCACGUGGUGCUGCACGUUGUUGAAUGUCGCAACGGCUGAGUGAAGAAUGCGGCGCAUGACAUCCAUGAGUCUCUUAGCAAUGCCUUUCUUUGCCCACGCUGGAAGAAGAUGCUAUGGAAUCGCGAGUAUCCUGCAGCCACCAAUGAGUGAGAGACAUGCGGGUGUGAGAGGGAGAGGCGGUGAAGCUGGCCACGUGUGGUGUCUUGUGGGCGCCCCAAAUGCUUACUGAGGUCGGGUUCGUCGGCGCCAUCACCACCAACACCACUGGCACCGUCAGAUGCACCUACAUCGAACAAGAAGACGGACAAUGCAGAGGCCGACACACGAGUGAUGGUGAGGCGUCGUGUUCUGUACCCACGACUUCGAGUUCCUUGACCUUCGAGUGGCCACCUGCAGACAAACAGCAGCACAGAGCAAGAAGGCACGGAGGGCGUUUGGUCAGCGUCGCGGUUCUUUGUCUUUUGCUGUGGCUGUGUGUCAGUGGCGGGUUGUUACUCUUGGUGUCCACCGCCGCCGCACGCAUCUGUAGGCGACCAGAAAUGUGAGGGGGUUGUGUAACGUGUUUGCAGUGUAUUGUGUAACGUGUUUUGUCUUUUGUGUACCUACCUCACUGACACCGAACAGGCCUCCACCAAACACAUCGCCACCAAACACAGCACCACCACCGCCACCACCACCACCACCGCCACCUCCUGCACACAGAAAGAAGAGAGUGUAGGUAGGUACAUGCGACUUCAAGUAUGUCAGCCAGCCGUGACUUCACCUACCCAUGAGCUGGUGCGACAUCAGCGUGCUGCUGCCGCCGCCAGACUGUGGGGGAGAGGCCCGCGACAUGCCUGAUACACAGAAGGACAGCAGCCAUACAGACAGACAGACAGACGUGCUCGGAGCCUUGCUCAUUCCCUCACCUAUCAUGGCAGCCAAGUUGAAGUUGCCUACACGGACAAACGCGCAUGGAUUGGAUCCACAGCACACAUGAAUGCAUUCAUUGAUGUGGCGGCAUGUUCGGUGCCCCUCACUCAUGUGCGUACCGGGGCUUGUGUAUUUCUCCUGUGCUCCCUUCUUGGUCAGACUCUGCAGGCCGACGAGGGGCGACUUGGUCUUGGUCUCUGCAGCACAAGAACAAGGGACGAUGUAUUCUGGACGGGUGUCCUCCCAUCCCUCCCGACUCAUCCCGUUCACCUUCCUUGCCGUGAGCCACAGUGUCAUCGCCUUCUGUGGGUGGGAUGGCCGCCGGGGCGCUCGCGCUCCUCUUGAGAGCGACGAACUCCUCUCCUGAACCCGCAUCGCACAAACGGCAUCAGGGCAUCCAGUUCUCUGUCGUGUUGGUCUCACCGGCGUUCAUCAGCCCCACACUCGAGAGAUCGUCCUCACCUACGCGGCAUUUGCACUGCAUCCAUCCAUGCAUCGGUGACGAACUUCAGGCAUCUCUUACCACCACGACCGACAGCAGAUCCCUGGUCCACCUUGAGCACAGCCGGCUGGUCGACCGCCUUUGUAGCCGGGUGCUCAACCGCCUUUGCCUUAUUGCCCUCCAUCACGAUCAAGCCGUCCCUGAG